AUGGCAUUGCAAAGGAGAUCAAUGGCCACUGUUGUGGAUAGGGCCGCUGAGCUCGAUCCCGAGAGACUGUUUGCUGUCAUCCCACAAGGGUCGGAACUUUCCGAUGGCUUCCAAAGUUUGACGAUGAAGGGGUUGUCCCAAGCAGUAAACUUUCUAUGUUGGUGGAUCGAAAAUAAUAUUGGAACAGACUCUCCCCGAGAGACUCUGGCGUACAUGGGAAGCAACGAUGUGCGGUAUUGUAUAUUUCUUCUCGCUUGUCAGAAGACUGGACAUCAGGCCUUCUAUCCUUCGACCAGGAACGCCGAUGAAGCCCAUAUCCACCUGUUGAAGGAAACAAAGUGCACAAAGUUCUUCUUUUCGGAGGAAAGAGUGACUCGGGUCUUGGAGUUAAAGAAACUCUGUCCUGAUCUCGAAAUUUUCCAAGUUCCAUCAGUGAAACUGAUGCUGGCCGACCAGAGUGGUUUGAAUCCCUACCGAUAUGACAAGUCUUUCGAGGAAGUCGAAGAUAUCACAAUGUGCAUCAUUCAUAGUUCGGGAACCACUGGUAUGCCAAAACCGGUGCCCUUGAGCAAUGGGUUUUGGAGUGCAUUUGACAACGCCGGCAACCUUGACUGGCCGGAGGGUCGUCAGCCGACCCUCAUUAUUCGCCUGGGUCGACAAGAUCUCGCCUUAGCAACAACACCAUUUUUCCACUUGAUGGGGAUGAUUUCCUUUGGGAUCUCAAUUUUCCAUGAGGUUCCUGCCUUAUUUGGACCCGAUAAGCCCAUCUCGGUGGAAUACCUCACCGAAAUGCUGCAGAUGACUCGUCCAACAGCUGGCGUGUUCCCACCAUCAGUCCUAGAGGAUAUGAGCCACUCUGAGAAAGCGCUAGAAUGUCUCAAGAACCUCAAGUCUGUUUUGUUUGGAGGGGCCCCUCUCAGCCCCGAAACUGGUGACCGACUACGUCAGUACACCCAGUUGGUCCCUAUUAUUGGAACCAGCGAGAUUGGCUGGCUCCCCUCGAUGGUACCUCAAGACGGAGCUGACUGGAGCUACUUUGAGUGGAACAAGAGUUAUGGCAUCGAUAUGCAAAAAGUGGAUGAAGGCCUCUAUGAGCUUGUCGUCUUGCGCAAUCCCAAAUCCCGGGCUCUCCAAGGCAUCUUCCAUACCUUCCCAGACAUCGACGUUUACCGAACCAAGGAUGUCUAUACGCAGCACCCCACCAAGCCCUGUCUCUGGAAAUUUAAUGGUCGCAUUGACGACGUUAUUGUUCUAAGUAACGGAGAGAAGUUCAACCCGACCACCAUGGAAACAAUCAUCGAGGGACAUGCACUGAUUGCCAAAGCGAUUGUUAUUGGUCAAUCUCGAUUCCAAGCUAGCUUGCUGGUAGAGCCAUAUCCUGGGAUUCCAGAGAUGAACACCAAGACUUUUAUCCAAGAGAUCUGGCCUACUGUUCAAGUAGCGAACCAAACCAUUGCUGCCCAUGGUCGAGUAAUGAAGAACCUGAUUGGCAUUGCCCCCAAGGGAAAAACCUUCGAGAGAACACCGAAGGGUAGCGUCAAGCGACGAUCCGUUCUCCAAGAAUUUGCGAAUGAAAUCAAUGAGAUAUACAAGGCUGGACUUGAAGAAGAUCUUGAUAGCUAUGUCCCCGAGAGCCUCGAUCGGGCCAGUAUUCUGAAAUACACUCGUGUAAUUAUUUCACGGGUAUUGGAGAAAUCGGAGAUCCCCACCAGCCAGGAUAUCUACAGUCUUGGAUUUGAUUCUCUGAUGACCAUGCAGGCGGCCAAGAUGUUGCAGCGAGGCGUUCAGCAUCUGCAGGAAAAAUUGAAGCCAGGAGCUAUCAGCCCACAAACUAUCUACUCCAACCCAACUGUGGAGCUUCUCGCAGAGGCGAUCUCCAAUAUCGUGGAGGGUAAAUCACAGGAGGCUGUACCUCGUGACCAGAAAAUCCAAAGAAUGGUGGAGAAGUACACCAGUGGUCUCCCUGAAACCAGAGUUGGGAAUCUGACUCAAUCAGCGACCCCGUCCACGGUGAUUUUGACUGGAUCUACUGGCUCCCUGGGCACGUACCUAUUGCACAAUCUGAUCAAGAAUCCGUCAGUUUCAAAAGUGUACUGCCUGAACCGGUCGGAUGCCGGAAAAAGACAAAAGUCCGGCUUUGAAGAAAAGGGGCUUUUUGUGGACGCCAGUGAGUGGGCUUCCAAGGUUGAAUUUUUGCAGGCAUCAUUUGGAGAUGCUCACUUUGGCCUGAGCACAGACAAGUAUGGAGAGCUCCUGGAAUCUGCUGAUACCAUCAUUCACAAUGCUUGGAAGGUUGACUUCAACCACUCAGUGGAGUCGUUCGAGGAGACUCACAUCAAGGGAGUACGCAAUUUCGUUGACUUCAGUGUGAAGAGCAAGUACAACGCCCAUAUCCACUUUGUAUCCUCUGUCAGCACAGUCGGUUCCUGGAAGCCAGAGAUGGGACCCUUAGUACCUGAAAUCCCCAUGGAGGACUGUGCCGUUGUUCUUACCCAAGGAUAUGGAGAAUCCAAGCAUGUUGCAGAGAGAAUUUGCCUGGAGGCAUCUCGCCGGUCUCGUGUUCCCACCUCGGUCUACCGGGUUGGACAGAUCGCAGGACCAACUACUGUGAAGGGGCAGUGGAACCCACAUGAAUGGCUUCCAACAAUUAUUGCCACGUCGAAGGCAAUGGGAAAAAUUCCUAGCGGUCUCGGGUCCGUACCCGUGGAUUGGGUUCCAGUCGACACUCUUGCAUCGAUUAUCACAGACAUCGUCCAAACCCGUCAUGAUGAUCGAUCCGAGUUCCCUCACGCAGUCUUCCAUCUCACGAACCACAGAACAGUUCCUUGGUCAUCGCUUAUUCCGGCCAUUCAACAAAAGUACAAAGUUGAAGCAGUCGACUUUGCAUCUUGGGUAGCAGAGCUCGGGAAUAUUCAGAAUCCAUCUAGUGUUGAGGUUGCCGAAAAACCAGCCCUCAAGCUGCUCAUUUUCUACCGUGGUUUGGCCGAUGAAAGCCAAGCUUCGUUGUCUGUUGCUUUGGAUGUUCAGAAGACGAAGGAAGCCAGCAAGACCAUGAACUCCAUUCAACCCAUCUCUGCAUCAUUGAUGUCGAACUGGUUAGAGCAGUGGCAGUUUUGA